AUGGCAAAAUUUUCCUUGAUUGUUUUGCUAGCACUUGCACUAGUGGCAGCUCAUGCAACCGCAAGAAACAUUCCAACUAAUCCCCAAACAACAAACCCUAAUCUCAAUGCAUUUGCCCCUUCACAAAAUUCGGUCGCCGAUGAGAAAAACUUCAUUUCAUACGGCGGCGGUGUAGGCGGCUGGGGCGGGAUCGGCUACGUUGGAGUGAUGCCGGUGAUCGGUGGCAUGGGAGGAGUUGGUGGCGCUGGGGGACUCGGCGGCUUAGGCGGCGGGAUUGGUAAGGUAGGCGGGAUCGGUGUCGGUGGCGGGAUCGGGAAAGUGGGAGGUAUCGGCGUCGGCGGAGGGAUUGGGAAAGUAGGAGGCAUCGGCGGCGGCAUUGUGCCUUGA